UAUCACUGCCCUCAUUGUAAAAUUAUAUUUGGAGAUAGCCGGGUGUAUGAAAUCCACAUGGAAUUCCACGAUCCAACGGAUCCAUUCCACUGUCGCCUGUGCGGUAGAGUGUCCAAGGACGGCAGAGAUUUCUUCUUACAUGUUGCCCAGUUCGCCCACAAA